UAAUUAAGAAAAAUAAAACAGGAAACCACAAAAAACUACAAACCCCACUCUCCUGAAACCACGAAAGCAAGCAUUGAACCGCGAGAGAGAGGAGAGAGAAAAUACAAAAAUUACUCUCUCUCAAAAAGGCAACAAACUGUAAAACCACACCCUUGCAUUUUUCAGGGAGAUUCCCUUAAAAUUAUCAACAUUCCCAUCUUAACUUUCUUACAAAAAAGAAAAACAAAUUCCCACAAAAUAGUGUUUUGUGUUUUUCCCUAAAAUCGAAGCAAAAUUCAUUGAUUCUGAUUACUUUUAAGAUCUGGGUGUAACAAUUUAUUGUUUACCCAGAUGAAGUUAGUGAAGAAAACCCAGAAAAACAACACCAAUAUAAGCGACAAUGGGGAAGUUUCCGUCGUCACCGGAGAUUGUUCCGCCGGCGAUAAUUCCGGCGGGAGAACGGUGUUAGUUGGGGUAAGGCUUGACCAACAGAGUAAAGAACUUCUUACGUGGGCUCUCAUGAAAGUUGCUCAACCUGGAGAUCUUGUUGUUGCUCUUCAUAUCCUUCACUCUUCCACUGAAGUUGAACAAUCGACGCUUCUGUCGUUGGUGAAGACAUUUGAUUCGACGCUUGCUGUGUACGAAGGCUUCUGCAAUUUGAAGCAGGUUGAUUUGAAGCUUAAGGUAUGUAGGGGAUCAUCUUUACGGAAGAUUUUAGUUCGAGAGGCGAAAGCAUAUGAAAGCGCUACGCUAAUUCUAGGAACUUGUAAAGCUCAGCACAUGAUUCGAUCCCCAACUUCAGUGGCAAAGUAUUGUGCGAAGAAACUGUCAAAUAAUUUCAUGGUUGUUGCUGUAGAUAAUGGGAAAAUUGUUUACCGUAGAGAAGCUGGAAAUGGCAAGGUUUCUCAGCUGGUUUCUGGACCAAAGGUUGAUAAUGUGGAAGUGGAUGAUGAUGGUAAUUCUUCCAUUAAAACAGUGGAAUCUGGUCAGGAAACUUGUGAUGUUUUCGAAAAGCCGAGUGCUGGGGCUAGAAGAAGUACCUUGAUUAAGAGAUAUUUGGGCUGUGGACCCAUCUCUGCUUGGGCAGAUUACCCCUGUGAUGAAAUGCUAGAGGAGUCCUGUUCGGAUGACAGAGAGGAUAGAUCACUGGCUUUGGUGCCAUAUCACGCCUCUUCAGCACCAAAGUUAACUGUUAAUCAAGAAUCAAAUGAGUCGAAACCUGGUUGGCAGUUGGUUCGAAGGGUGUUUUUACCCAGGUACCAUGACUCAGAAAAGGUUCCAAGCCGGAAAACAUCCAUGGUUCGCCGGGUAUUGAGAUUUCCAGGGAGACAUUCUUCAAUGGCGGUUCAUCCUGAUAGAAAGAGACGCGAAUCUCCUCAAAUGGAUGAUCAUUUGUCUGAUAUGAGUGCAGAGAGUGGCGCAAUUGUUCCAGUUACUGAUGUUGCAGCCUCUGUUCCUUCCUCCCCUUUUAAUGGAUUCAAGUAUCUGGUCAAAGAACUUGAAGGACUUCUUGAGAAAUACUCAUCCAUCUGUAGAUUGUUUACAUACCAAGAGCUUCUGUCAGCCACUUCGAAUUUUGCACCUGAAAAAAUGGUUGGAAAAGGUGGUAGUAGCCAGGUUUACCAAGGGUGUUUUCCUGAUGGAAAGGAGUUGGCAGUAAAAAUAUUGAAGCCAUCAGAGGAUGCGUUGCAGGAGUUCAUUGCUGAAAUUGAGAUCAUUACAACGAUCAGUCACAAGAAUAUCAUAUCUUUGUUUGGAUUUUUCUUUGACGAAGAAAGUUUGAUUUUAGUCUAUGAUUUCUUGUCAAGAGGAAGCCUAGAAGAGAAUCUUCAUGGUAACGAGACUAGUGCAGGAUCAUUUGGCUGGGAGAAGAGAUACAAGGCGGCAGUAGGGGUGGCAGAGGCAUUAGACUAUCUACACAACAGAGAUUCACAAACUGUGAUUCAUCGGGAUGUUAAAUCCUCAAAUAUUCUCCUUUCGGAUAAAUUUGAACCCCAGCUUUCAGAUUUUGGACUUGCCACAUGGUCUUCAAGUGCGUCUUCACACUUGACUUCCUCGGAUGUUGCAGGAACCUUUGGGUACCUGGCCCCGGAAUACUUCAUGCAUGGCAAAGUGACCGACAAAAUGGAUGUGUAUUCAUUUGGUGUUGUACUUCUCGAGCUUCUUUCAGGAAGAAAACCAAUAGAUAGCAGCAAUCCAAAGGGCAAGGAGAGCCUCGUCAUUUGGGCAAACUCAAAAUUAAAGGACGAAAAGAUGUCUCAGUUACUAGAUCUUAGAUUAGGCAGCGACUAUGACCACGAGCAAAUUGAAAGGAUGGUCUUGGCUGCCACCCUUUGCAUAAGGCGUGAACCUCAAACACGACCCCGUAUAGGCAAUGUUCUGAAGUUGCUCGAAGGUGAUAUUGAAGUAAUAAACUGGGCAGAGCAACAAGUGAGUAGUUAUCCUGAAGAAUUCGAGGUUUUGGAUGGUGAGACACCACGGUCUGAUAUCCAAUCCCAUUUAAAUAUGGCUUUGCUUGAUUUAAUUGAAGAUGAUGCUGCAUCUGUUAGUAGUAAUGAGGCAAAUAUAUCCCUAGAGGAAUAUUUGAAAGGGAGAUGGAGUCGCACUUCAAGUUUUGAUUAACUAUGUUAGAAUGGUCUUGAUCAGGGCAGGAUAAAUUUUCUGUUUCUGUUCUGUGUUAAUUCUCUCCCUCUCUCUCGUGUAUAGCUGUCGGUUUUCUCUUUUUCUUCCCCCGUCGUGAUCGUGACAGGCUAGGCUUUGGACGAGAGGAUGUUUGCGCAAGUGUUUUUUGCCCUCCUCCUGGUCUAGUUUCUGUCCCAAGUUCACAUUCGAAUGCUGAAGCAAGCAUCGAACUAACCCUAGUAAAAAGAAAUAAUCGAAUAUAAUUGUAUCAAGGUGUGUGUGCAUUCGGGUGAAAUUAACUUGUAUGAGCUGCAUGAAUUGAUGUACCUAACGGCUUAGUUCUUGUUCUAGUGAUGUUCUCUUUAUUCGCCGUUCUA